AUCAAUCUUUGGCUUGAUCCUGGCAAGGAUCCUGAAUUCCGCGAUAUUCGAGUGUAAUACGCAUAUAUCUGUCUCAUCUGAGAUAAGUCUAAUUGACGAUUCUUACGAUCCAUCGCUCUCACAAUCGUAAAUCACCUUCAUUCGGUGCUGUGUGGUGCGUGUUCGGCGUUGCCGACAAGAUGGCCGCUUUUUCUUUUCCCGCCGUUCGCGGCGUACGAAACAGAUUAUGUACAUAUAUUGUUGAGUAUCAUAACGGAAGAGAAGUAUCAAAUACGCGAUGUCGAGUGAUUGGAAGUGCCGAGUAUAUCAUAUGAUAUCGGGAGUGUCAAGUGCCAUAAAGACUGUCAUCAACAAGUGUUACACGAGUGCUCCGGAUUUCUCAUCCUGGAGGAUCAUCCUGCGGAUAUCUUCGAUCGAGAUCAGACGGAAAUUGGAAUCCGGCUGACGGGAUGGCGACGCUGCAACUGAAACGAUACAUCAGUAUUACACGCGGAAGGUUCGCAAUCGUUAAAGCCGGUCCAUUGGGCAACACGACUGUGCAAUCAAGUCAUAAUUAUGAAGCGAGUGCAGAGUAAAUAUUCGUGAGACCCGGUCACUUCUUUAACAGACAAUAACGGAGCUAUUUUAUAAGGACCAAGUCUCUCUUCCACGGCGAAGUGCAUAUCAUUAAAGACACACCACUUCAUUGCGCUGGCUUGCUUCGCUCGAGACUUAAUUUCUUCUCCGUAGAACCGACUGGAUAAUAGCAGACCCUUCCUAAAGUUCACAAACGAGAACGGCACGGUGCAAAAUAGCGACGACGCGGCCGAAGAGGGGGAGAAGAACGAAGAGGGAGUUACCUUGAUACGUGCGUGGCCACAUACGUGCGUGCAUGGAAGAGGAAGGACCACGCAGGACCACGAAAAUACGGCACGAGAGAAAACGGGGCGGGGCAAGGUGGCGGCUCUGCUAAGUCACCAGCUUCCGGCGCUAGCGGCGGAAGAAGAAUGUCGAGCGUCGGGAAUAGUCCCGACAGGAUGGGUGUCCAAUCCCUCUACUCUUUACGGUGGAACAAUCAUCAAGCCCACAUACAACAGUUCUUUCAGGAACUGCUACAUCAGGAAAAUCUGGUCGACGUGACCCUGAUCUGCGCCGAGAGCAGCGUCAAGGCACACAAAGUCGUCCUCAGCGCCUGCAGUCCUUUCUUCGAGAGGAUAUUCGCGGAGAAUCCAUGUAAACAUCCCGUGAUUGUUCUGAAGGACUUUUCGAAUCAUGAAUUGUCCACUAUAAUCGACUUUAUGUAUGGCGGCGAGGUGAAGAUCGCUCAGGAGGAAUUGCCAGGUUUGAUGAGAGCCGCGGAAUGCCUGCAAGUGCGCGGUCUAUCGUCGUCGGAACCUAGACUGGUGUCGGAGGAACCCAGACCGUCGUCAUCUUCGUCGACGCUUCUGGAGUUUACCACACCGGAGGACGCGCGACACGGUACUCCGGAGGAGGACGACAACGCGUUGGAGAACACGAGGGAGAUAAAGCCCACGCUGUUUCAACAAACGAGGGACCAUCCAACCAAACCGCUCAUUGGCCACAUGAACUUUGGCAUCCGUGAGAGCUGUAGCUCGCCCCUGAUGCCUCGUCGAAAGCAGGCGCGUCCGCGCCGACGUUCCGGCGAAUUGCUGCCGCAGGACCUGAGCAGACGCUCGACUCCGCCGGCCAGUUUGAGUCCAUUGCCGAGCGUUCUUAAUCUCAGCGGGAACCAGCACCAGGCACAGCAGCAGCAACAGCAUCUGCAAUUACAACAGCCUCAGUAUCCUCAGCAACAAAUAAUCAACAGAAACGAUCAACAACAAAUGAUGAACGUUCAGCAGAAUCAACAGCAUCAGCAGCAGCAAGAGGAUAUGGCGGAGAAUCUCUCGAUGAAAAAGUCUUUAUCGCCGAGCGGACUGGAUCAGCAUCGCGUCAAGACAGAGGGCAGCGAAGCGACGAGUAGUCCGCGCGGUUCGCCGCUUACGGGGACGAGUCUGCUGCAUCCGGACGGUUCCAUACAAGACAUACCGGCGGCCGUAGCGGCGGCGGUCGCCACCGUGAUACCGUCGAUGUCUCUGACGCAAACGCAGCCCCCCGAGUACCUGACAAGCCUCGGCCAUCUGGCGAGCCAAUGGCUGCCCGGGCAGAGUCCACUGCCGCCGCCUCCACCACAGAGUCAUCAUACGCGCGAAGACAGUCCGCACGGGCCCGGUAGGUCCCAUCCGUAUCAGCAACAGCAACAGCAAGAGUCGUCGAUAGUAUCGCGACGUUCCUUGGCGAUGUUUACGCCACUGGACGGCGUGACUCUCGGCGGCGGACUUUUUUCUCACACCGCCACGUAUGACAGGGCAGUUCUCCCGGACUCGUUUCUCACGGAUAAUUUCAAGCAGGAGACACUGCAGAACAUCUUUGGUGCGCCAAAUCUUGGUCCUCCUCCGAAAAAAACGAAAAAACAUCGGAGCGAUAGCGACGGGACGCCACGUAGGUGGAACGAUCACAACAGCCGCGCGCUCGCGGUAAACAGGCCAAAGGGGCAACACAGUGCGCCGCGAGGUGGACCGCCGAGAUCAUGGACGAAUAACGAGCUUACAUUAGCUCUACAACAUGUCUGGGAAAAGAAGCUCACCACAUCGCAAGCUAGUCGCUUAUUCGGCAUUCCUUACAACAGCCUGCUGAUGUACGUGCGCGGCAAAUACGGGAAGAGUCUCAAGCUGGAACAAUUGCGUAGGAAUUGUACCGGCGCCAACACUCCCGAGAUUAUGAACAACAACAACAUCAAGCCCGUCCAGCAGUCGGCGCAGAUAAGCCACGCGCUCGCGUUGUCGUUGCAGCAUUCGGACAACAGCGGCUUCGCUUCUCAUCGCUCCCUAAUCGGCGGCAAUAUUACGCAAGGCUUCUACCCCGCCGAUUAUGCCGCCGCGCCCUAUCCCCUGGUGCAUCUGUUACCUCCGAGCGAGCAGAAAACCUUCGAAUCGUCCGCGAAUUCGAGCGGCGACGGGGGUGGAUGUCUAGGAGGUGGCGGAGAUGGCAAUGGCGGUGAUCUGACGAGUUCGCAGACCAGCGAAACACCGUCGCCUAUAGUCGAUCAUCAUCAUCACCAGGAGUCGUCGUCGUCGUCGUCGAUGCAGCCGCAACCGACACAAUCGGCGCCCACGUUGCUACAACAGAACGGUUCAGAUUAGAAUUAAGUAGAAUACCGUUUGGAUGCUGUACGAGGUACGUGUUGAUGUUAAGCGACGAUUCAUUUGUUACCUUUGCUCGCGAGGACUGGCGGAUGGUCGCGGAUGAUUAGCAAAUUUGGUUACGAACGACGUACAUAUUUAUAUACCGCAUAUAAAGUCCAAUGAUUCGCGAGUUGCGCCGCGAACGCGAAUACAAUAAAUCUUGGACGUAACUUCCCAAGAUGUUGCGGCCAAAGUUAUCGCGGUGCGUACUCGCGUAUUUGCGGAUCUAAAAGAAUAUAUGAAUUUUUAAUAUACUCCUCCUCGGAAUGAGACUAUCGAUUUGAAUGCGGACGCUACGACACGUCUAGCUAGAAUCGAGAGGUUCAUCUGUGGACGGGAAGAAACAGUUUUACGUUCCUCGCAAUCGAUUGGGUUAAUUAAUCGCGAUAAUUAAUCGAGCGGCUCCCUCCUUAUCGCAGGUGUGCGGGGUAUAUACAUAGAUUUACACACGCGCGAUUCUCACACUAUCCUUCACAAGACUGACUUUUACCAACCGACUCGCAGCUCUCCCAGGGAGAGAACGCCCUCGAUGAACAUUCGAGCUUUUGCUCGAUCCGCGCUUAACCAGCAUCAAUUACUGCUUGCCAUUGUUUUAGUUUCAUCUUUCUUCCGUCGGGUCGGAUGUACACGUGAGAUUUCUGUUGUCAAAAUCACUAUCUUUGAUCGUGAAACUCUCAGCGAACGCAAUUUAAAAACUGGAUUUUUUCAAUGAACGUCUCGUCUGCCUGAUAAUUUUACUAUCGAUAAAUCGUUAAAAAUAAUUAUCGAUCACACAUUUUGUUAAAUGAAUGUAAAAUCGUCAAAAGUGAAUCUUGAUGAUGAGAUUCUCGAGUGUACAUCCUACCUUUCGAUGUUAAUCGACGAUGUUCAUUCGUUCGCGUUCAGAUUCGGUCGCAAAUUCGCGGACGACACCGAGGAUCAUCGUCUUGCUUUAUACAUCGUUCGCCGAUUAUCUCGAGGAGAACGUUGCCGAACCGAGAAUUUGUCGGAUCUUUUUGCGCGAACGAAACGACAUCGAGAAAUUUUGCCGACGCGAUCGAGAAAACUUUCGUAUCAUUGCUAUGAAAUAGUUCCUGCUGCAAAAGCGCGUCAUAUACCAAAUAUUGCGACCGGUUACGUAAAGUAUAUAUAACGACGUCUGUGCUGAAUUAACUUACAAUCGUUGUCGGUGUCUCGAGCGAAAAGUGACGAUCAUAUUCUUGAUAGAUAAU